AUGAGGAAAAGAGAAUUUGAUAUUAAGGCCAUCCUAGCGCAGUUUCUUGUCUCAUCUCUUCAUCAGGUUAUGUCUGCCCUGCCUUCUCUGAUCAUCCAAAGGUUUCCAUUCUGUUACUCAGUGUCCGUUUGUGAGUAUACUUUUAAAAACUCAUAUAGGCUUGGUGUGAAUCCUCUUUCCGACACAACAAUUGGAUGCGUGGGGGAUUCAGUAUGCAGUAACUCGUGUCGUCAACACAGAACACAAGACAAAGAUUACGUUAUCGUCGUUGUGGUGGUGCACAAAUGGAUUACAGCUCUCAUUCUGAAUGAAGUGGCUCGUGUUGGGCGCAUUCCUCGGCCUGCUGUGUCUGGCCCAAGAUUCUUGGAGACUUCAGUGUUCACCACUAGCUAUGCUAGGGAUGAUACGGACGGAAGGUUCAUCGCUGCCCACUCUACCAAGACCGCCAUCUUUCUCUCAACCAGCACUACCACCGCGCCCUUCACCUGCUUGUUCCUUGCUAAUGCCGCUGCUUGUCAAAGGCGACGGAGACGCUACUCUGUCAUUGACAACGUGAAAAUGACGGAAAAGGAGUCUGGACUGGAAGGGUCUUUGUUGGAGUCGAAAGACAGAACCAAGAGGGACGUACCUGAACCAGAGAGGGACGCACGCAUUGCCCUCACCUUGUGGACCACCACCACGUCUACCUACACUAUUACCUCCACCUCUAUCAAUACUUCCAUCACAUUUUCACUCUCUUACUACUGUACUGUUUCUGGUGCAAACAAUCCUCCUGCAUUUUUCCUCAUUAUUCAGGUAUGCCCCUUAUAUUUAUUUGAAGGCAACUUUUCCUUAUCGGUUAGGUUAACCGAGCAGAAGGAAGUUAGGAGCAAAAAAGGAUGCAGGCAAAGUAUGCCCAAGCAGGUCAGAGUGACGCACUAUAUAACCCACAGGUACCACACACCUCUGCCUCCGCCCCUUAAAUCAGCACAGGUUUCGGUUGACAAGACGUUUGUUCCGAAGUGGUCCACCGCGGUGCCGAAAAGAAUGAACUGGUUGCUGUAUAGCGCUUUCAUCGGCUUGUUAUGCUCAGUUCAAGGGAGGACCGAUGAGGACGGGCGCAUCGUAGCCAAGCGCACCACUAAAACGGCCAUUGUGCUCACCACCUCCACUACCACCACGCCUUUCACCUGCGCCUUCCUUACCAACGGCCAGGUCUGUCAGCGGCGCCGCUUCCGCCGCUACCAGCCGAUCUAUGACGAGAAGAAGCACGACGCUGCAAUGGUCCUUGACGGGUCCCACGGCGAAGACACGUGGCGCAUGGAGGAGGGUAGCGAGCGAGAUCCACGCAUCGCCCUCACCGUGUGGACGACUGUUUCCUCCACCUACACCAUCACCGCCACUUCCACCAACACUGCCACCACCUUCUCCCUCUCCUACUACUGCACUGUCAACGGCGCCUCCUUCCCUCCCUCGUGCGGCUAAGAGCUGUGUUACGAGGCCUGACGUGACGGCUGUCUGAUCUUCAGCGAAUUAAUACUUGUUUGAUUGGGGUCGAUUAUGUACAUAUAUAUAUCUUUCAAAUAAAAGAAAAUGUGUCACCUCGGAUUUGUCAGCCCGCGGGUAUGAGUACUACUUCGGCAACUGAUGAGUAUGAUGUGUGGUUAAGUAACAUAAGCCGAGUUCUUGGUGGCCCAAAACCGCAUAACUAGUUAUGCAAUCUACGACGCAUCCACUUCUGCGCAUCAACAGAUUUGCUUCCCAAUUAAGCAAACCUAUCCCCGCAUGGGUUUGCUCUUGAGCAUAACAGUUAUGCUAGAGAAAGUGGAGUAAAGUAAGUCUAUGGAGAAGUGGGCGGAGUGUACAUUGACAGACAAAUCACUCGCGUCGUUUCAUAAACCCUAUAGAAAAUGUAACCAAGAAUGUGUAAUGUUAUACCUUAGAAUGACAUUUAUAGGAAACGUAUAUCCUAUGAAAAGUAUACUGUUCUAUUUUGUUAAAGAAAAUAGCUUUACUGAAAUUAUUUUAAAUGACAUAA